UGCUCCCCUCUCCCCGGGCAGGAAGGUGGGCCGUCUUCAGGGGAUGAGGUCUGGGUCUCAAGGGGAGAUCACCUCAUCUCAGAGAUGGUCCCAGAACUAAGCAUUUAAUAGAUUAGCAUGAAGCAGGCUUCCUUUCCCCUAGACCCCUGGACCCCUGGACUUUUCCAGCUCCACCUGUGGACUCAGGCAGUCAGGCCCCACGUGAGACCCUCGCUGUCUUUUGUUUCCUCUUGGAGAGGGAGACACUUUAUUCUGAGAGUUUGCCUCUGGCCACCAGUGGUGUGGGAUCAGGGUUUAAGCCGAGGAAAUAGCAGCAGAGGGGACCUCGCAGGGUCCAGCCCACCCCUCCUGUGAAGGGACCUGAGGUGUGCAGCCUGAGCGCCCUCCGUGCCUCUUGCAGGAGAUCCGGGAACCAGGUGGUGAAGGUCUUCUUGUGAGGCAGCAUCCUUGGGUCGCACAACAGAGGCCGCUCAGGAGGUACCAGGAGCCAAGGUGAGGCAUCUGAGUCCUCAUCGCCAAGCUCUCACUGUCCCCAGGGAACAUCAGAACAUUCUCCUGCUGGGAGGAGUCACCACAGCAGGCUAGGGGAAGCUGUCUGGUCCAGAGAGGGACACAAAGCCUAGUGGGUGUGCAGGUUCUCACGCCCGAGGGCUAGGAAGUAGCACACACUGCUUAGUCUAAUCCUCUUUUGGCUGUGCUUUAAUCCAAAGGCACACCAGAAGAAGUGCCUGGGGCUGAGACUCCAAAUUGUGCUCAGAAUCCUGAGGGCGUCUUCUCUCCUCCCCUGCCAUGGCAUCUGGGCAAUCGAGCCAAUCCAGUCAGGGCUCCAGCAGGGCACAGGAGGAGCAUCCAUCCACCUCUCAGGAACAGGAUGGUCCUCAGUCCCUGCCCCUUGUGGUGCUGUAUGAGAAGAUAGAUGAAUUGGUGGAUUUCCUGGUCCACAAGUACAGGAAAAAGGAGCUUACUACCAAAGCAGAAAUCCUGCACUGUGUCAUGAAGGAUUACCAGGAGUACUUCUUUCUUAUCUUCAGGAAAGUCUCUGAUUGCUUGUACAUGGUGUUUGGCAUUGAUGUGAAGGAAGUGGAUCCCCCUGGGCACAUAUAUGUUCUUGUCCCUGUCCUGGGUCUCACUUAUAAUGAGAGAGUAGCUGAUGACUUCAUCCUUGCCAAAACUGGCCUCUUGAUAGUGAUUAUUACUACCAUCCUCAAGAAAGGCAACUGUGCCAGUGAGAAGGUUGUCUGGCUUGCACUUAAUAGAAUGCAGGUGUAUGAUGGGAGGGAGCACUUCAUCUAUGGGGAUCCUAGGAAAUUCAUCACCAAGGACUUGGUAGAGGAAGGGUAUCUGGUGUAUCGCCAGGUUCCCAACAGUGAUCCUGCUCGCUAUGAGUUCCUGUGGGGUCCAAGGACCCACGCUGAAACCACCAAGAUGAAAGUCCUGGAGCAUUUGGCCAAGGUCAAUAAGAGAGAUCCCUGGAGCUACCCACUUAUAUAUGAAGAGGCUUUCAGAGAGCAGCAAGAGUUGGCCCAAGCAAGACGUGUAGUCAGGGCCCCUGAGGGAGCAAGGUGCCGAUCAGGGACACGGCAUGUUCGGAAGCCACGUCACUAGCUUAGCUCCUGCCCAUGUGAAAUGAUACCAAUCCUUCAGUCUGUGUUUGAGGAGAGCAGCAAGCAUGCUCAGUAGUGAAGAGCAGGGUAGGAGGGGGAAAUACUGGGCUUUCCUUGUUGACAUUUGUUCUCUUUGGGUUACUUGGAAAUUGACAUUUGUUUUCUUUAUGAAGACUAAAGAGGCUUGCACAUCUCAUUUGAAGUAUGGUAUUGAUCUCACAUCUAUUUUUGUUAUUGUUACAUUGUUUAUUGGCUGUUGUUUUGGUGAAAUUGUGAUUUUCUGUGGCAUUGAGUAAACACGGAUUUUUCUUUUCUUUCCAAGUAUAAGUCUUUGCUGUUUUGUAAAACCAAGUAGGAAAUCUUUCCCUUUUGAGGGGAUAUGAAACAGGAUACCAUGGCACUGGAGUAGGAAUUUCCUUUUGAAUGUGUAAGAACUUUAAGAUAAAUGGAGUCAAGAA